AUGAGAGCUUCAAGUAGUGUCGGAGUUGGUUUGAGUCUCGUUUUUGGGUGUUUACUGCUAGCGCUUAUCGCGGAGCUUUACUAUCUGUUAUGCCGGAAAAAGAGGGUGACGAACACAGAGAUUCAAGAAACUUACAGCAGCCCAGCGAGAGAGUUUCUGUACUUGUUUUGUUGGAAAAAGCCUUCAUCUUUAACCUCUACAGGGCUAAACACAGACACCCAAGUCCAUGAACCACAACCAUCGUCAUCGUCGUCAUGGCUCCGACCACUUGGUGAAGAAUACGACGACAUGACUAUCGAAACCGAGCUUUUGAGGCUACAAAAUCUCUCAGGUCCACCGCGAUUUCUGUUCACAAUCAAAGAAGAAACAAAAGAAGAUUUGGAAUCAGAAGAUAGGAGUACGAAAAGGGGUUCAAGAGGAAGGAGUUUAAGUGACGUUGUGUUUACAGUCGAGACUCCAUUUUUCACUCCACUUGCUUCACCACCAUUCUUGACUCCUCCUGUAACUCCUAGGGAUUCUAUUUAUAGACCCUUUAGUCCUCUUCUUCAUACAUCGACUGAUGCAGAAUUCAACAGGAUUUGGGCAUCACCACCUCCGAAAUUCAAGUUCUUGAGAGAUGCUGAAGAUAAACUUCAAAAAAGAAAACUGAUUGAAAGAUUUGGAGUUGAUGAUUUUAAUCAUGAUGAUGAUGUGAAAGAUGAUGAAAAUGGAUCUUUUAUCACACUUAUUGUCUCUAAAGAAAAGGAUAACAUCUCAAGCUCUUCACAGAUACUCAUUCUAAAGUAG